AUGUAUUUCACCAGAUCUGCAGCUCGUCAUUCGUAUCAAUCAAAAGUUUGGUCAGAGAUUCUUGUUGUUUUGGAUCGUAUGUCGUCAACAUUAUUCGAGAGUUCUGUUAGUUCUGAAGAUGCAUCAUUUCAUUUAACAACAUGUCUUGAAUCGUCCAUAUCAUCUGAUUAUGUUCGUUUAAUUUCUAAAUUUUAUGGAGGUCAAGUGGAUUUAUUCAAAAAGAAUGCAUCUCAAAUAUAUAAAAUAAUGGAAAAUCUUGUAUCGCAAAAUAGAAUUAACCAUGCAGAAUAUUUUAUGAAUAAUGUUCUUAUCGUUCAUUUUGAUUCGAUACCGAAUCUUGAAGAAUUAAUUCAUGUGUUAAUUCGUUUAUGUUCAUUAGUGAAUAUCGAAUCUCGGAGUCUUCUAUGUAAAGAUUUAAUAUCACCAAUAUCCUGUGCCUUGACAAACAAAAAACUUAAUAAGAAGUUAGCUGAAAUUUUAUUCGAUUUUGCUCUUGCAAUACUUAAUUUAAAUAUAAUUGAAGCACCUAAGUUUGCGCUCAGUAUAUUAUCUAUAAGAGAUUUUUAUCCAUGGAAACAAUUGGAUAAAAAAAUAACUCUUCUUAUGCAAGCAUGUAUUUCUUAUGAUCAUAUUAUUGACGAUGCGUUUUGUUCUGGUCUUGAUGACUUAGGUAAUAUUUUAAGUGUAAUUAAUGAACGAAGUAAAUCUUAUGCAACAGUAUUACGAGCAGCACAUCAAUCUGCUUUACAAGCGAUUUUAAAAUGGUCUGCAAUUAUCAAUAAUGAUACUGGUAAACCAUAUGGUAAACAUGUAUAUCGAAUGGGAGGAACAAUGAUGGAAUUAAUUGAUCAACAACAAGUAAAUGCUGAUAUAUGUAGCAAAUUCGUUGAAAUACUUCAAAGACAAAUUGAGAACAAUGAUACAACUUAUGAUUUUCAUCAAUUUCAUGAUAGUUUUUUCUAG